AGAAGAGUCGAAAUAAUGAUUAAAAUAGAACGUGUUGUACCAUCAAUAGCGUACAACGCCUGUACUAAACAAAUAACAAUAAUAUUAACUGUUUAAUUUAGUUUAGUUUUCUCAAGUGUUACAACUGUCGACAAAUAUUAUAUGUACAUGUAAAUAUGAAUUUUCCAUUACUUUACAUCAGAGCGUUUAGAGGUUUGCCGGUUUUGAAAAAUCAAAAAUUACUACAAUUUCGGACGAGGAAAAGUCAUCAUUGGUCCAAGCUCAGUUACUGUUAUGGAGCUUCAAAUGACCCUCUGUUACCACACACCAUUGGUGGAGCUUUUGAAGAUGUCGUCAAAGAAGCACCGGAUCGCGAGUACCUAAUUAGCAGACAAGAGAACAAAACACUCACAUAUGCCGACAUGCACGCAGAGGUAGACAUGCUGUGCCGGAGUUUUAGCGCGGUUGGACUGAACUAUGGAGACCGCAUAGCAGUGUGGAUGCCCAAUUGUGCACUUUAUGUAUCCGUUAUCAUAGCUGCGGCUCGUUUGGGUUUAGUUUUGGUUAAUAUAAAUCCUGCUUAUCAAAGUGACGAACUGCAACACAGUCUGCAGUUGGUUGGAGUGAAAUGUCUAAUGACUUUUGAAUCGUUUAAGUCGCAAAAUUAUCCUGCUAUCAUAGAAAAGAUUGAUCCGAACAUUUGGAACCGUCCACCGAACACUCGUGUCGUGUCUAAACAAUUGCCCACACUCGAGACGGUCAUUUUUAAUACAGAAAACACCAUGAGGGGUGCUUACAAUUUACAAUCUUUUUUAGAUCUCGGAGCCGGUAAAGAAUAUAAAGUUCCUAACGUGCAACCCGACGAAGGAUGCAACAUACAAUUUACAUCGGGCACUACUGGUAAGCCAAAAGCGGCGUUACUAAAUCAUUUUGGUCUUUUAAACAAUGCACGGUACAUAAUGAAACGUCUAGGAAUUCUCGACGAUCAGAAUACAGCGCACAAGUUCUGUUGUUCUAUGCCAUUAUUUCAUGCUUUUGGACUAUCAGCUGGGACACUUGGAGCUAUGCUUACCAAAUCUGCAUGCAUCUUACCUUCUGCAAAUUACGACUUAAAAACUACAGUUGACGUGAUAAUAAAUAACAAGGCAACAUUGUUUUUUGGAACACCCACAUUUUUUGUUGAUGUUAGUUCGUAUUUCGAAACCCUUCCAGAGGCCCAGAGGGAAAAUGACCUGCGGCUUGCUAUUACCGGCGGUGCUCCAUGUUCGCCUGAUUUAAUGAAGAAAUUUAAACGUCUGUUUCCUCGAGCAAAGUUGAUGUCCGUGUUUGGAAUGACUGAAACUAGUCCCUGCACGUUUCAAAACUUUCCACACGACUCUGAAGAUAAAUUGUUGAAUACAGUUGGAUUUGUACUAGAUCACGUGGAGGCCAAAGUGGUCGACAGUCAAGGGCACAUGGUCCCUUUUGGAACACCUGGAGAGUUAUUGAUUCGCGGAUACGUCAACAUGACAGGUUAUUAUAACGACCCGGAAAAAACGAAGGAAACCAUAGAUUCAUCCGGAUGGUUACACACGGGAGACCAGUUUGUUUUGUACGAGGAUGGAUACGGUAAUCAUGCUGGGCGCUUAAAAGAAAUGAUCAUACGCGGUGGUGAAAAUAUAUUCCCAAAAGAAAUUGAAUAUUUUUUGGAAACUCACCCUUCAAUUACCCAAGCUCAGGUUUAUGGCAUACCGGACGACCGUAUGGGUGAAGAAAUAUGCGCCAGUAUAAUCUUAAAGGAUGGAAUGACAGUCAAAGAAGAAGACAUAAAACUAUACGCCAAAGGAAAGAUAUCUCACUUUAAAAUUCCUAAGCACAUAUUCAUCGAAAAAUCAUUCCCGAAAACAGGAUCAGGUAAAGUGCAGAAGUUCAAGUUGAGAGAAAUGGCCGUACAAAGGAUUUCUGAAAUGAACCGUUGAAAAAUGUUAUGUUAAUUUAUUGUUAUUAUUAAUUUAUUUAUAAUUAUCACAUUUCAUAACGAAAUGUACAAAUUGGCUUUCUGUGUAUCAUAAAAAAAAAUGUUGUUUGAUGUUUUUAGGUUCCCCAAUAAAAAAUAUGGUUUUAUUAACUGA